AUGCCGUUAUACCAAGUGCAAAUUUUUCCGGAUAAAAACCUGGAAGAGAUAUACAAUAUUAAACACCUUAUGUGCUUUAAUGUCACUGUAGAAAAGUAUAUAGCCAAAAACCAGGUUCCACAAUGCCAUAAUUGCCAGAAAUGGCAUUAUUCUUCUGAUAACUGUCAUGUUGCACCUAGGUGUGUCAAAUGUGCAGGAUUCCACAAAACUGGCAAUUGCGAUAAACCGGGGAAAAUAGAAAAUCCCGUCUGUGUAAAUUGCCUUAGACCACAUGUGGCUUCUUAUAGAGGGUGCCCCAGGUUCCCUACAUAUAAAAAAGUCAAUAAAAAUGUUAAUACCAAGCCAGGAGUUAGCUAUGCCCAGGCAACUAAGAAUUCUAUCAAAACCAGCAAUGCCUCUGCCACAAGUGUCUCUGCGGAUGCGGGUCAGGCAAAAAAGCAAUACUCUCAAAAGGCUGACUUAUCUAUUAAUGCAAGCAAGAUAAAUGUCACUUAUGAAAAUGGUCCUAAACCUAUACCUGAAAAUGUAAACACUGGCUGCCACCACAGAUCUAUUCAAACUCUCACCGAGUUAUCCUCUGAUCAUAAUCCGGUCAUGAUACAGGUGGGGACCUCUGUCUGUAGCACACCACACAAAAAGGCCUUUAUUACUAACUGGGCGGGAUAUGCCAAAGCCUUAAACAACACCCCACUACACAUUCCAACAGCCACCACGGGUGAUGAGUUAGAUGCUUUGGUCCAAGAAUUCACCACAAACUUAACUACUGCCCUGGAUGCAAACAGCACUCCAGUCUCUCACAGGCACAAGGCAACAGAUUCUGAACUGAAGAAGCUCAUCCAGGAAAGAAAUGCUGCCAGAAAGCCACGCAACGACCACACACGAACAACUCCAACAACUACUCCUGUCAAACCCUCAGAGGUCUAUGGCUACAUCGAAAAACUUCUGGUUAAGAAAAGCCCUGGCAUAGACAAGAUUUCUAACAAGAUGAUCGGAUGUAUGGGAAUCCUCAUGCUGCUGAAACUUACAUCCAUCAUCAACGACAUGCUAAGACUGGGACAUUACCCAAUGCUCUGGAAGACUGCAUUUAUUAUACCUAUCCUCAAGCCUGGAAAGCCUCCUGCAGAACCAGCCUCCUACAGACCAAUUAGUCUUCUGUCCUCGCUCCGCAAGGUGGCGGAGCACAUCAUCCUGACAAGACUCCAAGUCUACAUGGACCUUAAAAAUGUCAUCAUUCCACAACAACAUGGUUUCAGGAAGAAACAAUCCUCUGUCCACCAGCUGUACCGGGUGACGGAAUACAUCUCUCAAGGACUGCAGGAGCGGCAGACCACAGGUGCCAUCUUCCUUGAUGUAGCUAAGGCCUUUGAUCGUGUCUGGCUGGAGGGCCUCAUGCACAAAAUUAUCUCCCUGGGUUUCCCAGAUUACAUUACAUUACAUACAGCCAUCACAAUACUCCUAUCUUAA